AUGGCUGCUAAACCCCUCCUCUCAAUCCCCGCCGCCGCAGCGGCUCGUCUUCCCUUCCGCCUCCUCUCCCCGCCAGCUCCACCUCCCCGCCUCCUCCCCUUCCUCCCCCGGCCAUUCCUGCCCCAAAGACGCAGCCUUUCCGCCUCCGCCGUACCCGCCGGCAGGCGUAGCAGGCUGCCGGCCCCGGUCAUCAGCGAGGGCAGGGAUGACGAGGACGCCACCGUCGGCCGGCCUGUGUGUCCUGGAUGCGGGGUCUUCAUGCAGGAUGAGGAUCCCAACCUUCCUGGCUUCUUCAAGAACCCCUCCCGCAGCUCCCAGGGCGAGACGGGAGGAGGUGGAGAAGUGCUCCUGGCCGCCGACACGGAUGCGUUUCUUGAAGAUGAGGAGGAGGGGGAGGGGGGCGAAGAGGAUGGCUCACAGGCGAAGGCUGCCACUGAUAUUGAUGGUUUCGCCAGUGAUUGGGACUCUGAUUGGGAGGAGAUGGAAGAAGACGAGGAUGAGAAAUGGAGGAAAGAACUGGACGGCUUCACCCUGCCGGGUGUCGGUUACGGGAACAUCACAGAGGAGACGAUCCAGAGGCUGAAGAAAGAAAAGCUGUCUAAGUCCGAGAGGAAGCGCCGGGCGAGGGAGUCCAAGAGGGCUGAGGCCGAGGAGGACUCGGCCCUCGUCUGUAGCCGGUGCCACUCGCUGAGGAAUUAUGGGCUUGUGAACAACGACAAAGCUGAGAACCUGAUUCCAGACUUUGAUUUCGAUCGGUUCAUUUCGUCUCGGCUUAUGAAGCGGUCGGCUGGCACCCCGGUCAUCGUCAUGGUGGUGGACUGCGCAGACUUUGAUGGGUCGUUUCCGAAGCUAGCUGCCAAGUCGUUGUUCGAGGCACUUGAAGAAAGGAGGAAUUCAAAGGUGAGCGAAACACCAAGGCUUGUUCUUGUUGGUACAAAGGUGGAUUUGCUUCCAUGGCAACAAAUGGGAGUGCGGUUGGAUAGGUGGGUUCGUGGUCGUGCUAAGGCUUUUGGAGCACCCAAGCUAGAUGCUGUGUUCUUGAUCAGCGUCCACAGAGAUUUGGCUGUUAGAAACCUAAUUUCGUACAUCAAGGAGUCAGCAGGACCUCGUAGCAAUGUUUGGGUGAUUGGUGCACAGAAUGCUGGGAAAUCUACGCUGAUCAAUGCUUUUGCAAAGAAACAGGGUGUUAAGAUCACAAGAUUGACUGAAGCUGCUGUCCCAGGAACAACAUUAGGCAUAUUGAGGGUAACAGGUGUUUUACCUGCAAAGGCAAAGAUGUAUGACACUCCUGGCCUGUUGCAUCCUUACAUAAUGGCAAUGAGAUUAAAUAAUGAGGAACGGAAGAUGGUUGAAAUAAGGAAAGAAUUGCGGCCACGAUCCUUCAGGGUGAAAGUAGGACAAUCUGUCCAUAUUGGAGGCUUAACACGGCUGGAUGUGCUAAAAUCAUCAGCACAAACUAUCUACAUAACUGUUUGGGCAUCUUCCAAUGUUCCCCUCCAUCUUGGAAAGACUGAAAAUGCUGAUGAAUUGCGAGAGAAACAUUUCGGCAUCAGACUUCAGCCUCCAAUUGGUCCAGAGCGAGUCAAUGAAUUGGGUCACUGGACAGAAAGACAUAUUGAGGUUUCUGGGGUAAGCUGGGAUGUCAACAGUAUGGACAUUGCUGUUUCUGGCCUUGGAUGGUACUCCUUGGGCCUUAAAGGCACUGCCACUGUUUCCUUGUGGACAUUUGAGGGCAUUGGUGUGACAGAACGUGAUGCAAUGAUUCUGCACCGAGCCCAGUUUCUCGAAAGGCCUGGAUUUUGGUUACCUAUCGCCAUUGCUAAUGCUAUAGGUGAGGAGACAAGAAAGAAGAACGAGAAGAGAGAGGCUGAGCAAAGAAGAAGAGAGGAAGAAGAGCUCCUUUUGGAAGAAAUGGUUUAG